CAAAUUUUUCUUGGAGCCUUGGGAGAUCUGCGGGCAGCGUCAUGGUCCUGAGGAACGGCGGGCGGCGGUACGCCGAGCCGGGCGCGGACGGCGAAGGCAGCCGGGAUGAUGGCCCAUCAUCCUCAGUCUCAGCACUCAAGCGUCUAGAGCGGAGCCAGUGGACAGAUAAGAUGGACUUGCGGUUUGGUUUUGAGAGGCUGAAAGACCCUGGAGAAAGAACCGGCUGGCUUAUCAACAUGCACCCUACUGAGAUUUUAGAUGAAGAUAAGCGCUUAGUCAGUGCAGUGGAUUACUACUUCAUUCAAGAUGAUGGGAGCAGAUUUAAGGUGGCCUUGCCCUAUAAGCCAUAUUUCUACAUUGCAACCAGAAAGGGUUGUGAGCGGGAAGUUUCAUCUUUUCUAUCCAAGAAGUUCCAGGGUAAAAUUGCAAAGGUAGAGAAUGUGCCCAAAGAAGACUUGGACUUGCCAAAUCACUUGGUGGGCUUGAAGCGGAAUUAUAUCAAGCUGUCCUUCAACACCGUGGAGGACCUUGUCAAAGUGAGGAAGGAAAUCUCCCCUGCUGUGAAGAAGAACCGAGAACAGGACCAUGCUGGAGAUGCAUACACAGCAAUGCUCUCCAGUGUUCUGCAAGGGGGCAGUGUAAUUACUGAUGAAGAGGAAACCUCUAAAAAAAUAGCCGACCAAUUGGACAACAUAGUGGACAUGCGAGAGUAUGACGUCCCCUACCAUAUCCGUCUCUCCAUCGACCUCAAAAUUCACGUGGCUCACUGGUACAAUAUCAGGCACCGAGGAAAUGCUUUUCCAGUGGAAAUUGCCAGACGAGAUGACCUUGUUGAACGACCUGACCCUGUGGUUUUGGCAUUUGACAUUGAGACAACCAAGCUGCCUCUCAAAUUUCCUGAUGCCGAGACAGACCAGAUUAUGAUGAUCUCCUAUAUGAUUGAUGGGCAAGGCUACCUCAUCACUAACAGAGAGAUUGUUUCAGAAGACAUUGAAGAUUUUGAGUUCACCCCCAAGCCAGAAUAUGAAGGACCCUUUUGUGUCUUCAAUGAACCUGAUGAGGUCCAUCUAAUCCAGAAAUGGUUUGAGCACAUCCAGGAGACCAAACCUACCAUUAUGGUCACCUACAAUGGAGAUUUUUUUGACUGGCCAUUUGUGGAGGCCAGGGCAGCAAUCCAUGGCUUGAGCAUGUACCAGGAGAUAGGCUUCCAGAAGGAUAGCCAGGGGGAAUACAAGGCGCCACAAUGCAUUCACAUGGACUGCCUCAGGUGGGUGAAGAGGGACAGCUACCUUCCUGUGGGCAGUCAUAAUCUCAAGGCAGCCGCCAAGGCCAAGCUUGGCUAUGACCCUGUAGAGUUGGACCCUGAAGACAUGUGUCGUAUGGCCACUGAGCAGCCCCAGACUCUGGCCACUUACUCAGUAUCAGAUGCUGUUGCCACUUACUACCUGUACAUGAAGUAUGUCCAUCCCUUCAUAUUUGCCCUGUGUACCAUUAUUCCCAUGGAGCCUGAUGAGGUGCUGCGGAAGGGGUCUGGAACAUUGUGUGAGGCCUUGCUGAUGGUGCAAGCUUUCCACGCCAACAUUGUCUUCCCCAACAAGCAAGAGCAGGAGUUCAAUAAGCUGACUGAUGAUGGCCAUGUGCUGGAUGCUGAGACCUAUGUGGGGGGCCAUGUGGAGGCACUGGAAUCUGGUGUCUUCCGCAGUGACAUCCCCUGCCGGUUUAGAAUGAAUCCUGCUGCCUUUGAUUUCCUGCUGCAACGAGUUGAGAAGACUAUGCGCCAUGCCGUUGAGGAAGAAGAGAAGGUGCCUGUGGAGCAAGUCACCAACUUCCAAGAGGUGUGUGAUCAGAUUAAGACAAAGCUCAACUCCCUGAAAGAUGUUCCUAACAGAAUUGAAUGUCCUCUUAUCUACCAUCUGGAUGUGGGAGCCAUGUAUCCCAACAUAAUCCUCACAAACCGCCUACAGCCUUCUGCCAUGGUGGAUGAAGCCACCUGUGCUGCAUGUGACUUCAAUAAGCCAGGAGCAAAUUGCCAGAGGAAGAUGGCCUGGCAGUGGAGGGGGGAGUUCAUGCCUGCCAGUCGCAGUGAAUACCAUCGAAUUCAGCACCAGCUGGAGUCAGAGAAGUUCCCUCCCUUGUUCCCAGAGGGGCCAGCACGGGCCUUUCAUGAGCUGUCCCGAGAGGAGCAGGCUAAAUAUGAAAAGCGGAGGCUGGCAGAUUAUUGCCGGAAAGCCUAUAAGAAGAUCCACAUGACCAAGGUGGAAGAGCGCCUCACCACCAUCUGCCAGAGGGAAAACUCCUUUUAUGUAGACACAGUGCGGGCCUUUCGGGACAGGCGUUAUGAGUUCAAAGGGCUGCACAAGGUGUGGAAGAAGAAGCUCUCAGCAGCUGUGGAGUCAGGUGAUGCAGCUGAGGUGAAGCGUUGCAAGAAUAUGGAGAUCCUGUAUGACUCACUGCAGCUGGCUCACAAGUGCAUCCUGAACUCCUUCUAUGGCUAUGUCAUGCGCAAAGGGGCCCGCUGGUACUCCAUGGAGAUGGCUGGCAUUGUCUGCUUCACAGGAGCCAACAUCAUCACCCAGGCAAGAGAGCUGAUCGAACAGAUUGGGAGGCCCUUAGAAUUGGACACAGAUGGAAUAUGGUGCGUCUUACCCAAUAGCUUCCCUGAAAAUUUUGUCAUCAAAACAACCAAUGUGAAGAAGUCCAAGGUGACCAUCUCCUAUCCUGGAGCCAUGUUGAACAUCAUGGUCAAGGAAGGCUUCACCAACCACCAGUACCAGGAGCUAACAGAGCCUUCCUCACUCACCUAUGUCACCCGCUCUGAGAACAGCAUCUUUUUUGAAGUUGAUGGACCUUACCUUGCCAUGAUCCUUCCAGCCUCUAAGGAAGAAGGGAAGAAACUGAAAAAGAGAUAUGCUGUAUUCAAUGAAGAUGGUUCUUUGGCUGAGCUAAAAGGCUUCGAGGUCAAACGCCGAGGGGAGUUACAGCUGAUUAAAAUCUUCCAGUCCUCGGUCUUUGAGGCCUUCCUGAAGGGUAGCACUCUAGAGGAAGUAUAUGGCUCUGUGGCCAAAGUGGCUGACUACUGGCUAGAUGUCCUAUACAGCAAGGCUGCUAACAUGCCUGAUUCUGAGUUGUUCGAGCUGAUUUCUGAGAAUCGCUCCAUGUCUCGGAAGCUAGAAGAUUAUGGGGAACAGAAAUCAACAUCUAUCAGUACAGCAAAGCGCCUGGCUGAGUUCCUGGGGGACCAAAUGGUCAAAGACGCAGGACUGAGCUGCCGUUACAUCAUUUCCCGAAAACCAGAAGGCUCUCCUGUCACUGAGAGGGCCAUCCCACUUGCCAUUUUCCAAGCAGAGCCCACAGUGAGGAAACACUUUCUCCGGAAAUGGCUAAAGAGUUCAUGUCUUCAAGACUUUGAUAUUCGGACAAUUCUAGACUGGGACUACUACAUUGAGCGUCUGGGGAGUGCCAUCCAGAAAAUCAUCACCAUCCCUGCAGCUCUGCAGCAGGUGAAGAACCCGGUUCCACGUGUCAAACACCCAGACUGGCUGCACAAAAAACUGCUAGAGAAGAAUGAUGUCUACAAGCAGAAGAAGAUCAGUGAGCUCUUUGUCCUUGAGGGAAAGAGACAGAUUGUGAUGGCCCAGGCUCCAGGAGACAGCCAGAGGCUCUGCACUCCAGACAUGGAGGACUUUGGCCUCACAAAGCCACACUACUCAGCAGUCCCAGUUGCUACUAAGAGGAAGCGAGUUUUAUGGGAGAGCCAAGAGGAGUUUCAGGACCUUGCACUGACUGUUCCCUGGCAAGAAGUCUUGGGGCAGCCUCCCUCCCUUGGAACCACCCAGGAAGAGUGGCUGGUCUGGCUCCGGUUCCACAAGAAGAAGUGGCAGCUGCAGGCCCGACAGCGCCUGGCCCGGAGGAAGAGACAGUGUCUAGAGUCAACAGACAGUGUGUCAAGGCAUGGGACCAUCCGAGAGGGACCUGCCACAGGGCUGGGAAACUUUUUGCGACGAACUGCCCGCAGCAUUCUGGAUCUUCCAUGGCAAAUUGUGCAGAUCAGUGAAACCAGCCAAGCUGGUCUUUUCCGGCUAUGGGCCAUCAUCGGCAGUGACUUACACUGUAUCAAGCUGAGCAUCCCCCGAGUAUUCUAUGUGAACCAGCGGGUGGUCAAAGCAGAGGAGGGACCUUCAUAUCGCAAGGUGAAUCGGGCUCUUCCUCAUUCCAACAUGGUCUACAAUCUCUACAAGUAUUCAGUACCAGAGGAUAUGUACCAGGAACACAUCAAUGAGAUCAACACUGAGCUGUCGGCACCAGACAUUGAGGGCGUUUAUGAGACUCAGGUCCCAUUGUUAUUCCGGGCUCUUGUACAGCUGGGCUGUGUGUGUGUUGUCAAUAAACAGCUGGUGAGGCACCUUUCCGGCUGGGAAGCUGAAACCUUUGCCCUCGAACACCUAGAGAUGCGUUCUCUGGCCCAGUUCAGCUACUUGGAACCAGGGAGUAUCCGUCACAUCUACCUCUACCAUCACUCACAGGGCCACAAGGCACUCUUUGGAAUCUUUAUCCCCUCACAGCGAAAAGCAUCUGUGUUUGUGUUGGAUACUGUACGCAGCAACCAAAUGCCUAGCCUCAGUGCCCUGUACUCAGCAGAGUAUAGUCUGCUGCUGGAGAAAGUAGGCCCUGAGCUCCUGCCUCCCCCAAAACACACCUUUGAAGUUCGUGCUGAAACCAAUCUGAAGACCAUCUGCAGAGCCAUCCAGCGCUUCCUGCUCUCCUACAAGGAAGAACGCCGGGGGCCCACACUGAUUGCUGUCCAGUCCAGCUGGGAGCUUCAGAGGUUGACCAGCGAGGUUCCUGUCUUAGAGGAGUUCCCAAUAGUGCCUGUUCACAUGACUGACAAAAUCAGCUAUGGAGUCCUGGACUGGCAGCGUCAUGGAGCCCGCCGCAUGAUCCGGCACUACCUAAACCUGGACACCUACCUGUCACAGGCCUUUGAGAUGAGCAGGUAUUUCCACAUCCCAAUUGGAAACCUGCCACAGGAUAUCUCCACCUUUGGCUCUGAUCUCUUCUUCGCACGCCACCUCCAGCGACAUAACCACCUGCUUUGGCUGUCCCCUACCUCUCGUCCUGACCUGGGUGGGAAGGAAGCUGAUGACAAUCGCCUCGUCAUGGAAUUCGAUGACCGAGCCACCGUAGAGAUUAACAGUUCUGGCUGUUAUUCCACUGUGUGUGUGGAGCUGGACAUUCAAAAUUUGGCAGUCAACACUAUACUCCAGUCCCACCAUGUCAAUGACAUGGAGGGGGCUGGCAGCAUGGGCAUCAGCUUUGAUGUGAUCCAGCAAGCCUCCCUGGAAGACAUGGUCACAGGCAAUCAAGCUGCCAGUGCCCCAGCCAGCUAUGAUGAGACAGCCCUCUGCUCCAGCACCUUCAGGAUCCUGAAGAGCAUGGUUGUGGGUUGGGUGAAGGAGAUCACACAGUACCACAAUGUCUAUGCUGACAACCAGGUGAUGCACUUCUACCGCUGGCUCCGGUCACCGUGCUCUCUGCUCUAUGACCCUGCCUUGCACCGGACGCUGCACAAUAUGAUGAAGAAGCUCUUCCUGCAGCUCAUUGCUGAGUUCAAGCGCCUAGGAUCUUCAGUCAUCUAUGCCAACUUCAAUCGCAUCAUCCUCUGUACAAAGAAGCGCCGAAUCGAGGAUGCCCUUGCUUAUGUGGAAUACAUCACCAACAGCAUCCAUUCUAAAGAGAUAUUCCAUUCCCUGACAAUUUCUUUCUCCCGAUGCUGGGAAUUCCUUCUCUGGAUGGAUUCGUCCAACUAUGGUGGAAUCAAAGGAAAAGUUCCAUCCAGUAUUCAUUUUGGACAGCCAGACUCCAAGGCAGGGGAGGGAACUGAGGAUGAGCAGGAUGAUGAGGAGGAAGACAAGGAGGAGGAAGAAGGUAUAGAAGAAUCUGAGGUGGAGGACUUACUGGAGAACAACUGGAACAUUCUACAGUUUUUGCCACAGGCAGCCUCCUGCCAGAGCUACUUCCUCAUGAUUGUUUCAGCGUACAUUGUGGCUGUGUACCACAGCAUGAAAGACGAGCUGAGACGCAGUGCCCCAGGCAGUACCCCUGUGAAGAGGAGGGGGACAAGCCAAUUCUCCCAGGAGUCCGAAAGGGUGGCUGGAGCCCUUCCUGGAAUGAUUACCUUCUCUCAAGAUUAUGUGGCAAACGAGUUGACUCAGACCUUCUUUACCAUCACUCAGAAGAUUCAGAAGAAAGUCACAGGCUCUCGGAACUCAACUGAACCCUCAGAUAUGUUUCCUGUCCUCCCUGGUUCACACUUGCUGCUCAAUAACCCUGCCCUUGAGUUCAUCAAAUAUGUGUGCAAGGUGUUGUCUCUAGACACAAACAUCACAAAUCAGGUGAACAAGCUGAACCGAGACCUGCUUCGUCUGGUGGACAUCGGUGAGUUCUCUGAUGAGGCCCAGUUCAAAGACCCCUGCCGCUCCUAUGUGCUUCCUGAGGUGAUCUGCCACAGCUGUAAUUUCUGCCGAGACCUGGACCUGUGCAAAGAUUCCUCCUUCUCUCAGGAUGGGGCCAUCCUACCUCAGUGGCUCUGCUCCAACUGUCAGGCCCCCUAUGACUCAGCUGCCAUUGAAUCAGCCUUGGUGGAAGCCUUGGAGAGGAAGUUGAUGGCCUUUACACUACAGGACCUGGUGUGCCUGAAGUGCUGCAGUGUGAAGGAGACCCACAUGCCUGUGUACUGCAGCUGUGCAGGGGACUUUGCACUCACCAUUAACACUAAGGUCUUCAUGGAACAGGUUGGAAUCUUCCAGAACAUUGCCAAGCACUAUAGUAUGUCAUACCUCCAAGAGACCCUGGAGUGGCUGCUGCAGACAAACUCUAUCAGACCGUUAGUAAGCCUAGGUUGAGGACAUCAUGACAUCCCACACCAGGCACCCUAAUGCUUGUUCCAAGUGACUGAACCACUGACCACCUGACUUUUCCAACUCAUGACCACAAUCCAGGGAGACCUAAGAGAAUACUUCAGGGAGCUUCAAGGUGGCAUAAUCAAGCAGGAGCAGGGAAUGGCCUAAUGACUCAUUAGGUGCUUGUUGAAUAAACAUUUUUAAGCCUCUG